AUGUGGUGCUUGCGUACCCUCGUUUGUGUGCUCUGCUCGGCCCUUCUCUUCAUCGCCAGCGCCCAGGCACGCAUUCUUAUUCCCUACGGCUACCAGCCGGGCGCCUACGGAGACUUCCUCCAAGUCGACGGGAAUGACGAUGGCUUCAUGGCGCAAAAGCGAGCCCCAUCGGCUGGUGAUAUGAUGGUCCGCUUUGGA